ACACAUUGCAAAAUAACAAAACAAACUAUGGCCGCGGACGGAGAUGCCAAGAUGUUUGCAAAGUAUUUCGAUCUAAAUGGCUAUGCUUGCCCCCUGGACGUGCUCAGCGAAGAAGAAGUGAACACAGUCCGAGAACACUUCGACAAAGUUCAGGACGAAAUUGAUACUGGGGUGUGGAGGGAGAUGUGGUCAGUGUGUGGCUUGCGGUGGACAACGCCGACAAGGAGAACGCUUGUAUGCAGGUCAUCCCAGGCACUCACAAAAGUGGUAUCCUGGAGCAUGUGAUAGAAUCAAAAGAAGGGAAUUUACUCUCCUCAAACCAGGCCAUCCCUGAAAAUCUGUACGACAUCAGUAAGGCGGAAUUCUGCCCCCUGAAGGCAGGCCAGAUGUCUCUUCAUCAUGGCCACCUUGUGCAUGGCAGUGGGACCAACCGCUCUAACAGGAGAAGGUGUGGCUACGUCAUCCGCUACGUGUCUACGGAUGCGAAACCCAUCGAGGAUCCCAACCGUCCCCGUUCCUUCCCCGCCACUGUGCUCGUGAGUGGAGUGAAUGAGUCACAGAACUUUGAGGACCACGCACCAGCAUGGUACAACUGGCGGGAAUAAAUGCAAAACCAAAUGAAUCCUUGACAAGAAGAGAUUACGGUACCCACAUCAUUUUCACGACAUUUAAAAUUUCCAAUCAGUAUCAGUCCAGUCCCCAUUUUGCUUUAAAAGCGUUUCCUCCCUUUACUCCUUUUAAUGUCAAUUGACAGAAAAUACUCAUGGUGGAUCAGGAAUAACGAGAUGAGUCUAUUACUUAUUUGAAAAGUUUAUUUCCCUUAACAAUGGAUAUGGAUGUACAAUGAAGUUUUUAAAAGAACAUUUAUGAUAAUGAUAAAAUGAUGACAGCAUUUUAAAAAGUUUCAUUAUUAUAUCCCUGUCCUUCCUAUGUGUAUGUUCUCAGGGAUGGUUUCCCUUUGUCGUAAGCAUAAAAGCAUGUUACAGUAAGACAUAUCAUAUUUUAAACUCAACAAAUAAUUCUGCACACAAUAAUAUUUCCAUACAUCAGCAGCACAGAGAGCUAGUCUCUCAUUUUAAAAAUACAAAAAUAAAGAAAGUUUACAUGAAAAAAAGUCAUCUACCAGAUGUAGAACAUUACACAAAGAACAACUUGGCUAUACUGCAUUAUUUCAAUAACAGUUUAAGAGAGAUGAAAAAAAGCAUAUAAUAAUGUGAAUGGUAUUGCCCAUUGACAAAACUGUCCAUAUACAUUCUCAGGAGGAAGAGGGAGGAAAUAUAAUGCUUAGGCUUUUUUAGGUCAACAUGACUAUUACUAUUAGAGAAUUUUACUAGUUUCAUUGCUGGGAUGCGUAGCAUGUACUAGCUUAUAUAACACAAUGUAUUCAUAUUUCCUGCCAUUUAUGUUUAUUUAUUUCUCCCUGCCUUGUGAUGAAGGCCACAACAAUAAGAUAAACACCCCUCUGUGGUCAGACAAUACUGACUGACAUAAUUUUAUGAUAUUCUGAAAUCAAUAGAAUAAUUCAGGUUUCCAUUUUACAGGGUAAACUUUUUUAAAAAGUAAAAUCAAUGAUCAUAUAAGUUACAUAAAGUUAUUUGUUACAAAAUGAAAUUAUCUAUAUAUUCGACCAAAUUAAUUGUGAAGUUUUUCUGUGGUUUUGUUUUGUUUUGUUCUUUGCUGCUCCCGUUCUUGUCACUUUCAAUAACAUCUUUGGGGGACAAGUUGUACUGAAUAUCAAGGUCUUGUAUAGUGGCUUUAACAAUAAAAAAAGACCAAACAAA